CGGAUCGCGCUGUGCAUUCAGGGAAGCGCUUCCAGCGAAGUAAGGAGGCCAACCGGGAAGAAACCCGAAGGAAAAAGGAGGCCCAUUCUUGCUACGGUGGCCUGGAAGGAGUGGCGGAGGCGGCUCAGGAGAAUUGCUCGCUUCUGGGACUCUGUCGGAAUGUCUUUCAAGAGGGAAGGGGAUGAUUGGAGUCAACUCAAUGUGCUCAAAAAACGAAGAGUCGGGGACCUGCUGGCCAGUUACAUCCCAGAGGAUGAGGCGCUGAUGCUACGGGAUGGACGCUUUGCUUGUGCCAUCUGUCCCCACCGACCUGUACUGGACACCCUGGCCAUGCUGACUGCCCACCGUGCAGGCAAGAAACAUCUGUCCAGCCUGCAGCUUUUCUAUGGGAAGAAGCAGCCAGGAAAGGGAAUGGAGCAGAAUCCAAGACAACAGAAUGAAUUGAGGCGAUCAGAGGCCAAGGCUGAGGCUCCUCUGUUAACCCAGACUCGACUUACCACCCAAAGUGCUCUGCACAGAGCUCCUCACUAUAACAGUUGCUGCCGCCGGAAGUACAGACCAGAAACCCCUCGUCCCUCUGUCUCCCAUUCCCCUUUGCCACCCCCAGAGGUUGAGUCUGAGCGUGGGAAGAUCACUAGGGAACCCAUGCCUGGGGCUAGCCCACAGGCCAAAGAGUCAGCAACUGUCUCAUCCCCUGCACCCAUGAGCCCCACGAGAAGACGAGCCCUGGAUCAUUACCUCACCCUUCGAAGCUCUGGAUGGAUCCCAGAUGGACAAGGUCGAUGGGUAAAAGAUGAGAAUGUUGAGUUUGACUCUGAUGAAGAGGAACCCCCCGAUCUCCCCUUAGACUGACGCCCUCUUUCCCCCUUCAGUUGACAAAUAAAUUUCCUCAGGCUCUGGGAGCCUAACUUCC